AAACAACGCUGAAUUACCUAAAACAGAACAUAUUUGUCUUAAUAAAAAAAAUCGACAUUAAAACAUUCCUUGUUUGUGAUUUAUUGAAACCCCUGGCACUUCGAGAAAAUACAUAAUAGCGAAAAUUGCUGUAAGCAAAUAUAUCAAUUGUGUGUAUUCCUUCAUUGACGUUGAUACUUAACUAUGGCUGAGGUGCGUCGUAGGAAAGGUGAGAACGAGGCUGAUGACGCUGGAGAAAAAUUAGGAGAAGGAGACAAACGAAACUCUGCUGCCGAUUCAUCUGAUCAUGUCGAUUCGGAAGAAGAAAAAUUACCAGAGGAAAAAUUUGUUGAUGAACUGUCCAAAACUCUUCCUCAAGGAACGGAUAAAACGCCGGAAAUUUUGGAUUCAGCUUUGAAGGACCUUCCAGAUAGAUGGAAGAAUUAUGUUAUUCGUGGUAUCUUUACAUGGAUAAUGAUAUGCGGGUUUGCACUUAUCAUAUACGGUGGGCCUUUGGCGCUUAUGAUUACGACGCUGCUUGUACAGGUAAAAUGUUUCCAAGAGAUCAUUUCCAUUGGCUAUCAGGUCUAUCGCAUACAUGGCCUACCCUGGUUCCGCAGUUUGUCCUGGUAUUUCCUGUUGACAUCCAAUUAUUUCUUCUAUGGUGAAAAUUUGGUCGACUAUUUUGGCGUAGUCAUUAACCGUGUGGAAUAUUUGAAGUUUCUGGUGACCUAUCAUCGCUUUCUGUCGUUUGCAUUGUAUUGCAUCGGUUUUGUCUGGUUUGUGCUGUCGCUGGUGAAAAAGUAUUAUAUGAAACAGUUUAGUCUGUUUGCUUGGACACAUGUCUCGCUACUGAUUGUGGUCACCCAAAGUUACUUGAUUAUCCAAAAUAUUUUUGAAGGUCUGAUUUGGUUUAUUGUUCCUGUAUCGAUGAUUGUUUGCAACGAUGUAAUGGCGUACUUGUUUGGCUUCUUUUUCGGUCGUACUCCGCUAAUUAAAUUAAGCCCGAAAAAGACAUGGGAAGGUUUUAUUGGCGGCGGCUUCGCCACAGUUAUCUUUGGCAUCGUUUUCUCAUAUAUCCUUUGUCAUUAUCAAUACUUUGUUUGUCCUAUACUAUAUUCUGAGGAGUUGGGACGCAUGACAAUGGCCUGUGAACCGAGUUAUUUGUUCACAAAACAAGACUACAGCCUGAGUGUGUUUGGCAUCGGCAAAUACAUCAGUAUGUAUCCAUUUGUAUGGCAUUCAAUUUCCCUAAGUUUAUUCAGCUCGAUUAUUGGGCCUUUUGGAGGUUUCUUUGCUUCCGGUUUUAAACGUGCAUUUAAGAUAAAGGAUUUUGGUGAUAUGAUACCUGGACAUGGUGGCAUUAUGGACCGUUUCGAUUGUCAAUUUUUAAUGGCAACAUUUGUUAAUGUUUACAUUUCUAGCUUUAUCAGAACACCAGCUCCAUCCAAAAUUUUGACACAGAUUUACAACUUGAGACCUGAACAGCAAUUGCAAAUUUACCAGUCACUCAAAGAAAGUCUUGGGGACUUAAUUACAACUUAAAAAGUUUCCAAAAACGAUUAAAUCUAAGCGUAUUAUACAGACAAAACGACUGCGGAUACGAAUACUAUUUGUUUUAAACAUUAUAAGUAAUAAUUUAACUUGUUUGUUUAUUUUUAUUGUAAAAUUGGAAUUUGUUGUUGAUACUAGGUCUUCAUCUUAGCUUUGUAACAAAAAUAGAACAUCGAUCUCCGCUGUUUGUUAAUGCAGACU